AUGUUCAGUUCUUACAAAGAGGCCUGUUUUCGAGAGAGGCUUUUAUGGGGGUCGCCAUUGACCACGCCGGUAGUUGAUCCAAUCAAGAAAGCCGAGUUGAUUCUUUCAAUUCAACCAGCAGUCCAGGCCAGUUUAGCUGCAGGGCUCCAGGCUCCACCUGGAAAUAGCAGAAAGAUUUUCUUCGGGGGCUCUUGUUCCCUUCAACCAUCUUGUAAGCCUAGUCUUCUUGGAGGCAGGGACACUGCUGGCUUCAACAGUCGACCAGGUCCAGGACUACAUCCCAAGCAGCUGUGUCUUGUCCAGUUUUGGGGAAUCAUAGCGGAUCGUGCUAAGUUUCUGAGGGAAUUCAGAUACUUAGCAGAAAAGCCAUUCUACUUGAAGUAUGGUCAUAACUCGACCCUACUAUACGCCGACAACGAGAAGGAUUAUGAAAGACUCAGGGACCAGUUUAAGAAAGAAGAGCUACCCUUCCAUACUUAUACACAGAAAAAGAAUAAAACUCAUGCUUUCGUGGUCAGGAAAGCCAUGGAUUACGACCCCAGAUUCAGGAAAAGAUACAAACGUCCAAGACACCAACCCUUGGACGCCUUUUGUCAAAACCCACCACCUGGAACCCACAGGUAA